AUGUCCAGAGAAGAUCCUUUGAAAGCGGAAAAGGACUAUUCUGCCACGUUGGACGAGCAGAUUCCGCUCAUCGAAAAAGUGCCCGACUACAAACAGGCCAUUGACAAGUACUUGGUGUUGGAAAAACAGAUCCGCCAAUCCUCAGACUUGGCUCUGAGCAAACGGAUAUUAACCGCCAUAGUCGAUACUUUGGUCCAGAACAAUGACUGGACGUACUUGGAUGAGUUGAUCACCGUCUUGUCGAAAAAACACGGCCAGUUGAAAACGUCCAUCCAGACAAUGAUCCAGCGCGUGAUUGACAAGUUGCCCGAAUUGGACAGCGACAAUGCCCAGCAAUUGGAAACGAAGAUGAAGGUGAUUGAAACCAUCCGCACGGUCACGGACAAGAAGAUUUUCGUGGAGGUGGAAAGGGCCGUUGUUUCGAAGAUGUUGGCGGAGAUAUAUUUGGACAAGAAAAACGAUUUGGACAAGGCCACAGAGAUCUUGUGCGACUUGCAAGUGGAAACGUACUCGUUGAUGCCGUUUGAAACGAAAAUCGAGUACAUCUUGGAGCAGGUGCGCUUGACGUUGCAGAAAAAGGACUAUGCACAAGCCAAAGUGUUGAGCAGAAAGAUUCUUUUGAAAACCUUGACGGGCUUUGAAAAGGCUGACCAGUACAAGGCCACGUAUUUGGAGUACUUGUUGGAGAUCUACAAGUUUGAAAACGACUACAUCACCGUGGUCAAGAACUCGCUUCUCUUGAUGGAAAUCCCCUUGGUCAAGGAGUCGGAAAACUACAAGAGUUUGUUGGUGUCGAUCAUCUACUACGUGAUUUUGGCGCCGUACGACAACUACCAGAGCGACUUGAUCUACAAAAUCAAAGCCAACCCUGUAUUCUCCAAGAAUGUCGAUGCCCAAGUAUUCAAGUUAUUGGAGAUUUUCACCACAAACGAACUAAUCCACGGAGAGAAAAUCGACCAGGACUACAAGAGCCAGUACUUCAGCCAGUCGCCGGUGUUUGCCGACAAUGAAACCAACACCAAGAACUUGCAAAAGCGCAUCAUUGAACACAACUUGCGCAUCAUCAAUAAGUACUAUCUGUUCAUCAAAUUGGACCGUUUGGCGUUUUUGUUACAGGUGACCCCGCAAGAGGCUGAAUCUUACGUCAGUGAAUUGGUCAACAGCGGCAUGAUCAGGGCCAAAAUCAACAGACCCCAGGGAGUCAUCAAGUUUGAAAAGUUACAGCAUGACACAGCUGCAGGUGCUUCUCAGGUGACUAGCAACAGCGAAAACAUCAACGAGUUGUUGAACAGCUGGAUGUAUGACGUGGAUAAGUUGUUGGAAGAGGUGGAUAGCAUUGGCCAUUUGAUCAACAAGGAGGAGAUGAUGUAUGGGCUCAAGCAGAAGGCAUGA